AAAAUGGAGACUAUAAUAACAUGAAUUGUAAACAGUAUCAGUAGUCUUAGUUGGUGCAAACAAAAACUGAAAAGGAACUGUAAUAAAAUUCUCUCCUGGUCAAAGUGCACAGUAACAUGGGCUGUGAAGCUUUGUUUAGUCUUUGGCGUAAAUGGAUUAGAUUUGUAGUCAUUCUUGUUUAUGUAGUUUUAUUAGUAAUCGCCGUACCUCUGUGCAUUUGGGAACUGGAGAAAAAAGGAGCACCAGAUCACGUUCAAGCAUGGUUUGUUGGAGGGAUGUUUGUGCUUAUGGCUUUGCCGAUAUCCUUUUGGGGAAUACUUCAACAUGUAUUAAACUACACGACUCCCUAUUUACAAAGACAUAUCAUACGUGUUUUAUGGAUGGUCCCAGUGUAUGCCUUGAAUGCGUGGUUUGCACUUAGAUUUCCAGAAGCAGCCAUUUACCUUGACACAUUACGAGAAUGUUAUGAAGCUUAUGUUAUCUAUAAUUUCAUGGCCUAUUUGCUGUCAUUCCUUUAUCAUGAAUAUCCUGACAUAGAUGAACAGGUUGAAAGUAAACCACCAAUAAGUUUUCUUUUUCCCCUUUGUUUGCUGCCACCUUGCAGUGAUGGGAGAAAGUUUAUUCAGAGAUGUAAACAUGGUGUGCUGCAGUAUACCAUUGUCAGGCCUCUCAUGACUAUCAUUGCAUUCAUCUGUGAAAUGUGUGACAAGUAUGGAGAGGGAGACUUUAACUUUUCUACUGCCUGGUCUUAUAUUGUCAUUAUUGGCAAUUUUUCACAAAUUUUUGCUAUGUACUGUUUAGUGCUGUUUUACAAAGCAUUCCGACAUGAACUGAAACCACUAAAGCCAGUACCCAAAUUCCUUUGUGUUAAAGCUGUGGUUUUCUUGUCAUUUUGGCAAGGUCUGUUUAUAGCAGUCCUCACCAAAACUAAUGUCAUUCCUUCCAAUGGUGCUUGGGUGUUCUACAAGGACAUCAAACAGGUUUCAACAGGAAUUCAGGAUUUUCUCAUCUGCAUUGAGAUGUUUUUAGCUGCCAUUGCCCACUAUUUCUCAUUUUCCCACAAACCAUUUGUAAACAUGGCAGCAGACCAGCAGGACUGUUGUUCUUCCUUCAUGUCUAUGUGGGACGUCAGGGAUGUAACGGGGGACGUGGUGGAGCACGCCAAGUACAUAGGUUUGUACUAA